AUGAUUCCAGCUUCUCGCAUCCCGUCCAGGGCCGAAUUGACUGCCCGCACAGAAUCCAGCCUUUCCUAUCCAUGUGAUCCCGAUGAUCAACCCCCAGCAUGCUCUGAGGGCGGAGUGGCCAGGAAUGGUGGUGUGGCACAGUCCUCAGACCGAAAAGAGGACUUUGGGGCAACCCAAGGCCUUUCAAACAAGAGAGACAAUAUUGACAGAGUUCAAGAGGCUUCUGCAUUGCGGAGUAGACGGCUUUUUCGGCCACUAUCGUGGCUUCCAUGGUCUCAGUCCUCACCUGCACCAUACUAUCCGCGGAGCCAGUCUGUUCACCUUUCCAAAGCUCCUAGCAUAUCCACGGUUGCUCGAAGCGUUAUAUCUGCUCCGAUACUCACCAGUACUACCAACAUGGAUGUUGCCCGUGCUGAGGGUGUCUUAUGUGGCGAGAUGUCUGACAUGACUUUUGGUAGGACCAGGUGGGAUCCAGUGGCUGGAUGGAUUGACACUUCACUAGAGGAAGAACCUGGCAAUGGCACUUCCUUCGAGAACCCCAGAAGCAAGGUACCAAGAGGGGUCGCUCGUGUGUCAAAGUCUCCAAAGAACAUGACCAGGUUGAAGAAAGGCCGCAUCGUUAAGCUGGGCGAUAUCAUAAGGAAGAAGGUAAAAGCGGUUCCUGUGAGAUUCCGAUCCAGAGAAGCUGGAUCCCGCAUAGUUUCUUCAAAUAACGAAAGCUCAGAUGAGCACGCGGCUUGCGGAAGUUCUGACAAGCACGUCCAAGUAGGAAUGCUGAAUCUCUACAAAGGAAAGAUGAGAGGCCUUACUGAGAAUGGCCACUACAGGAGGAAAUCGCUGAAUAGCAGUAAAGGGUUGGCAAAAGCACAACAGGAUCCGCCUCUUCUCGGCGAUUUCACUAAUGAACCAAUCCUUGAUACUGAGGCAGGGCCUGAACUAAGCGACAACGAGGAGUCUGUGUUUGGCUCGCUGACCAAAUCCUUUGCGAGCGCGGUCGACAGAUUGGACUUUCAUUCACCUCUCCGACGCAAUCUUCCGCUUUUGAAAUCACAGUCAUCUUUCUUUACCCAAACGAAGGCAUGUAACGGAGAUGAGGCAGGCUGUCUUGACAGACAAAGACAAUCCCCUGCGAUGAUUGCACCAACUCUCGAACCUGACAAUACGUCCCGAGUUUCGGCUGUCGCUGCGGUAUCAGAGCCCGUCAAGACGGCUGUAAACGACCUUGCAAUGCAGAACAAUGCUCCGACUCCCGUGCUCUUCUCGACCGAGCCGAAUCAGUACGUGGAUGCCAAACCUCUGUCCGGCAAUCCUUGCGGAGUGAACCCUUUGAGAAUGCAUCCGCCAGGCGCAUUCGCAAAUCCACCAUCAGCUGGACCUAGAAUGAUUACUGUUAGCGCCGACGCUGCUCCUUCGCCACCUGAACAGCAGACCCCCAAAGCCAGCAACCAGUGUGAUGAAGAUGGCGACAUGGCGUCUCUCCAGGAUGCCCCGAUUUAUUCACCUUCGUUGGGCGAUCUCAGUCACUACGCACGGGACACGCCUCCGUCCCAUCAAAGACGCCGAACAGAGACAUCUCGUCCAGCUCCCACCAAUCCUACUCCUACUCGCGCUGGGAUGUUGCCGGCCAGGAAGACACCGAUAGAACGACAUGGAACGCUACUCAAGAAGAGCAGGAGCGGACUCUUUUCUAUAUCCAAGUCAAGCAAAACAAUAAACCCCAGGGAUAAUGGGACCGCCAGCCCUUUACAUCAUCGAGAUGUCAAUCAGCAGGUCAAGGUGAACCAGGAACGCACAGUGAAGAAGAGCCGGAGCCUUCAGUUUGGGGGACUCUUCAGAAAGAACAGCCAGCCAAAUUCGGGAAAACGGGCACCGUCUGAAGUUCCAUUCCAGCCGACAACCCCUUCACCACUUCGAAAUGUCACGCGAGUUUCCCACGGGAGUGACAAGACCAGCGGCAAAGUCGACAAUGGCCUGCCACCCAUGCGAUUCACGAAGAAAUAG